AUGGAUACUCUAGGUUCAAUCCUACAUAAUCCACUUCUUGCUCUCUCCCUCGCUUUUGCUAUCGCUUUAGGAUUCUUCGCUCUGCAGCAAUGGCUGUUCCCAACUCCGGAGAAGUCGGUUCCGUCCUUCACUGUGCCUCUGCCAGCCGCAUGCAAGUCUGACUGGAAAGGCGAGGAGCUACUCAACCCUACAGUCAAGGUUUCUGGAUCCUCCCUUAUUCAAUGCUACUGUCCAGCGAGCGGUCAGCUACUCGGCCGCAUCAACCCUGUGACCCGUGAUGGAAUCGACCGCGCAAUCGCAGCAGCAAGUAAAGCACAGAAGCAAUGGGCGAAGACGAGUCUUACAGAGAGGAAAAGGGUGCUGAAAACAGUGCUUCGAUACAUCCUACACAACCAAGAAGCGAUCGUAACAGCAGCAUGCCGCGACACGGGCAAGUCGCGGGUGGAUGCCAUCUUCGGCGAGAUCAUGGUCACGACGGAGAAGUUGCAAUGGACUAUCACGAAUGGCGAGAAAGCUAUAAAGCCAAGCAGGCGGCCGACAAAUUUUCUUAUGAUGUACAAAAAGAACACUGUUGCAUACGAGCCUCUAGGUGUGGUUACUGCGCUGGUAUCCUGGAACUAUCCAUUCCACAACGCUCUCUCACCUGCAAUUGCCACGCUCUUCACUGGCAAUGCCCUCGUCCUUAAACCAUCCGAACAGGUCGCGUGGUCUACCGCGUACUUUGUCUCGAUCCUCCGCGCCGCCCUCACUGCCACCGGCCAUUCCGCAGACCUCAUCCAGAACAUCCCGUGCUGGCCCAACACCGCCUCCCACAUUACCUCCCACCCCGACAUUUCUCACAUCACUUUCAUUGGCUCCCGCCGCGUCGGUCACCUCGUGGCUGCCUCCGCUGCGCAAUCCCUCACCCCCACUGUCAUCGAGCUGGGCGGCAAAGACCCUGCGAUCGUGCUGGAUACGGUGGCCGAUAGCGGGUCGGAGCUCUCCCGGGUCGCGGACAUCCUCAUGCGUGGCACAUUCCAGGCUUCCGGACAGAACUGCCUCGGCAUCGAACGUAUCAUCGCCACUCCCCGCGCCUAUAACGCCCUGCUGUCCGUCCUCCCGACCGCCGUUCGCUCGCUGCGUCAAGGCGAUCCGCUAUCCGACGAACCGGUCGACGUCGGCGCCAUGGUCUCCGACGCGCCGUUUGCGGAACUGGAAGCCUUGAUCAAAGAUGCGGUGACGCAUGGCGCGAAGCUCCUAGCCGGCGGACAAGCGGGGAAGGUGUCAUCGGCGCCCAAUGGGCAUUUCUUCGCCCCAACGCUGUUAGUCGAUGUCACACGGGAGAUGCGGAUUGCGCAAGUGGAGCUGUUUGCGCCGGUGAUGGUCGUGAUGCUGGCGAGGGGUGUGGAUGAUGUGAUCGCCAUUGCGAAUUCGACGCAAUAUGCGUUGGGGGCAUCGGUGUUUGGAAGCGCAGGAAGCAAGGAUGUCAGGCGCGUGGUGAAGGAGGUAAGGGCAGGGAAUGUGUCGGUGAACGAUUUCGGGGUGUUCUAUGCCGUGGGGAUGCCUUUUGGCGGCGUAGGUGGGAGUGGGUAUGGGAGAUUUGGCGGUGAAGAGGGAUUGAGAGGGCUGUGUAAUGUGAAGAGCAUAUGUGAGGACCGUUUUUGGGGAGUCAAGACGCCCAUUCCAGGUCCCCUGAGGUUGCCUUAUGAUGACGUAAAUGAGGCCUGGAGGGUUGUGAGGGGUGUCAUCGAAGUUGGAUAUGCAACAGGUUGGAUGUGGUGGAGAGGACUGGGGAGGGUCGUUGGCAUUAUCAAGAGUUAA